GGAUACCAAAUUCUGCAGUGCGCUUUUUCGAAAUUUGACCUGCCUGCGGAUGCGCAAUUUUGCCAAACUGACGCACAUCGUGAUGGUGUCACGACUCUGCUGCUGCUCGGACUCUAUUGUAGAAAAAAAAAAGCAGAACAACACAGCAGCACAGAGGUACUGUACGUGCACGAGCCAGAACACCUUUCUGUCAAUGAACCUGUUGGCGCCCUCAGGCUCCGUAGUAAAGCUGCUGCAGUGGAGAGGAGCGCUUGCGCACGCAGGACUUAUUCCGGUUCUACGAGGAAAAUAACGGACUGAGCAGCUCAGGAUAAUAGGGGCGUAGUUGUGCCUUUUGGUUUAUAUAAUGAUGCAGCUGGGGAUGUUCCUCUGAAAAACGUGUCCUCUGGAGUCUUCAGGUGGAAUAAAUGUUGCUUUACUUCGCAUAUCGGCUCUAAUAACGCUCCGCCCGGGGGCUGUGCGUGACGCUACAAGUUAAUUCUAUGGUUUAGGUUUCUACUGGAUUUCAUGUGAAGGAGGACUUCAAGCUGAGCCCGCCCUCUCAGGUCUUGGUCUCUGCUUGCCCUGCUCUCUGAGAGAAGCUUUACACGUAAAUGAAGCGGAGCACCCUGCGGAACUGACGGGGGGAAGAAGAAAAGUCGUGAUCAUGAUUUAACCGUUUCGGAGCGCGCAGUUUCUCGCCGACUUGCCCAUGGUCGCUGUAAAAACGCGGUGGUGAGUGUUUACAGGCGCUUGCCACUCAGAAAAAGAAGAUCUGAAGGCCAGGAUCGAGCGAGGGAAGUCGAGCGGAUCUUGAGCCAUGCCAGCUGCGGCUGCAGAGUCGGGCAUGAGCGGCGGCACCGCGGCUGCAGCCUCGGCCUCUCCGAGCAAACCCCCCGCUGAACGCGCAGUCAGCGUGCUGUGGUCGUUCGGAAAAUGCCUCGGUGCGCUGCUGCCCGUGUACCUGGCCGGGUAUUACGGCUUCAGCAUCAGCGUCGUGCUGUUCGGUCUGAUGAUCUACAUGGGAUGGAAGCACAGCCGGCUGGAGAAAGUGAUGAGGCUCAAGUCUGCCAUGUACCUGCAGGAGAACGAGAGGGAAUUCACCACCGUGAAGGUGCUCAGAUCCAAGAGGGAUCUGCCCCCCUGGGUCAACUUUCCAGAUGUGGAAAAAGUGGAAUGGCUGAAUAAGAUCCUGCAGCAGGCUUGGCCUUUUGUCGGCCAGUAUCUGGAGAAGUUGCUGGUGGAAACCAUUGCUCCUGCAAUCCGUGCUUCCAGCAUCCAUCUGCAGACUCUCAGCUUCACCAAGGUCAACAUAGGAGAGAAGGCUGUGAAAGUGGUUGGAGUAAAGGCUCACACAGAGCAGGACAAGAGACAAGUCAUGUUGGAUUUGUACCUGAGCUAUGCCGGAGAUGUCGAGAUCAAUGUGGAAAUCAAGAAGUACUUCUGCAAAGCCGGAGUGAAAGGAAUCCAGCUCCAUGGAAAGCUGCGUGUGAUCCUUGAGCCUCUGAUUGGAGAUGUGCCACUGGUUGGAGCCAUUACAAUGUUCUUCAUUCGGAGGCCUAAACUGGACAUCAAUUGGACCGGACUUACCAACCUGCUCGACAUCCCUGGACUGAAUGCCUUGUCGGACACUUUGAUAAUGGAUGCAAUAGCCACCCACCUGGUGCUCCCCAACCGUCUCACUGUUCCUCUGGUGGCCAACCUGCACGUUGCGCAGCUCCGCUCCCCUCUCCCAAGGGGAGUGGUGCGUAUUCACCUGCUGGAGGCCGAGGACCUGACCGCCAAGGAUACAGUCAUCAAGGGCCUAAUCGAUGGGAAGUCCGAUCCGUACGCCGUGCUGCGAGUAGGAACCCAGAUCUUCACCUCUCAUCACGUGGACAGCAACCUGAACCCACAGUGGAGGGAGAUGUACGAGGUGAUUGUCCAUGAAGUACCUGGUCAGGAGUUGGAAGUGGAAGUGUUUGACAAAGACCCAGACCAGGAUGACUUCCUGGGGAGGGUCAAGGUGGAUCUUGAUAUUGUCAAGAAGGCCAGAGUUGUGGAUGAUUGGUUCAAUCUGAGGGACGUCCCAUCUGGCAGCGUCCACCUCCGGCUGGAGUGGCUCUCUCUGCUGUCCUCUGCUGACAGACUGAGUGAGGUGAUUCAGAAGAACCAGAACCUGACCAGUAAGACGGCUGAUCCUCCGUCUGCCGCCAUCCUCACCGUCUAUCUCGACCAAGCUUAUGAGCUGCCUAUGAGAAAAGGGAACAAGGACCCAAGUCCGAUGGUGCAGAUUUCUGUUCAGGAUUCAACUAAAGAGACCAAGACUUGCUACGGGACCAACAGCCCUGUGUGGGAAGAUGCUUUCACCUUCUUCAUUCAGGAUCCUCGCAAACAAGAUAUCGACAUCCAGGUGAAGGACGAUGACCGUGCUCUGUCUCUGGGUAAUCUCACCAUCCCUCUGACCCGUCUGCUGGGGACCCCUGAACUCACCAUGGACCAGUGGUUCCACCUGGAGAAUUCGGGUUUAGCCAGUCGUAUCUACGUCAAAGUUGUGCUGAGGGUUUUGUGGCUGAGUGACGACACCACUCCUACCACUCCGUCUCCUCGUCCUUCGGCCCCCGGGUCUGGGACGGGUCACGGGGGAAUCUCGUCAGAGCUGAACCCAGUGGGGCCCGGCGGGUCGGCUAAACCUCCAUCAACGCGACCACAGCACACCACACCCGAUCCAGAGUUUGCAACUGAGGGAGUUUUGCGAAUCCACCUGGUGGAGGCCCAGAACCUGAUAGCCAAGGACAACUUCAUGGGGGGCAUGGUGAAGGGGAAGAGCGACCCCUACGUCAAGAUCCGAGUGGCCGGGAUCACAUUCCGAAGCCACACCAUCAAGGAGAACCUAAAUCCUGUCUGGAACGAACUCUAUGAGGUGAUUUUGACGCAGCUUCCAGGUCAAGAGAUCCAGUUUGAGUUGUUUGAUAAGGACAUCGAUCAGGACGACUUCCUCGGAAGGUUCAAGCUUAGCCUACGAGACAUCAUCAGCGCACAAUUCAUGGAUACGUGGUACACGCUAAACGAUGUGAAGUCAGGUCGAGUUCACUUGGUGUUGGAGUGGCUUCCCCGAGUCUCUGAUCUGCCCAGACUGGAGCAGGUCUUGCAGUAUCAGACCCAGCACUCAUAUCAAAACAAGGUCAUACCAUCAGCGGCUGUGCUAUUUGUGUACGUGGAGCGAGCCCACGGCCUGCCGUUAAAGAAGAGUGGAAAGGAGCCAAAAGCUGGAGCUGAGAUUCUACUCAAAGGUGUUUCUCACAAAACCAAGAUUUGUGAGCGCUCCACAUCCCCUCGGUGGGAUGAAGCUUUUCAUUUUCUGGUGCGCGACCCCAGAGAGGAAACACUCACAGUCAAGCUCUCCCACAGCUGGGGCCAGGCUCUCGGCUCCUUGACUCUUCCUCUGAGGGAGGUUCUGGCCGAGCAGGGGCUGGUGCUGGACCGAUGGCUCAGUCUGGAUGGAGCUCUGCCAGAGAGCCAGAUACUGCUGAGGGUCACACUCAAGAUCUUGGACACUCAGCUGGCAGUGUGUCGUAAGGCUCCAGGAGAUGCAGGUAAUGACGCUGCUACAGAUGAAGUCAUCCCCAGAUGGGUUCCUUCCCAUCUCGACCUCAGAAAUCGAAGUGGAUUCGCCAUCGGCAGUGACACCUCCAACGCAGCAGGCCAGGUGAAGCUGACCAUCGGCUACUCCACCGAGGAAAACAGGCUUUUCAUCACCGUUCACUCCUGCAGAGCUCUGGCAGCCUGCUCCAAGGACGGUGCAGAUCCGUACGUUUCCUUCGUCCUGCUGCCCGACAAGAAGGCGACUACCAAGAGGAGGACGGCCACCAAGAAGAGAGACCUCAACCCGGAGUUUAACGAGAGGUUCGAUUUUGACUUUUCUCUGGAGGAGUCCACGCAGAGAAGGCUGGACCUGUCAGUGAAGAACAGCGUCUCCUUUAUGAGCAGAGAGAGGGAGCUUAUCGGCAAGUUGCAGCUGGACCUGGACCAAAUUGACCUCAAGACUGGUGUCACACAAUGGUACGAUUUGGCGGCAGAGACCAACUAGAAGAAUCGAUGCCUGGUCUUAGGUACUAUAUAGCAUCAACGUUGCUUCUGUGAUCUGUGCAUUUGUGUAUUCAGCUUAGACGAAAAUUUCCACCAUCACUGAAGAAAAAUACUAGAAUAACGUUUGUGCCACAAACACACAAUCCAUCAGUAUUUAUGAGAAGAAACUUUACAUGUAGCUUUUCAUUCGUAAAAUGUGUAAAUGUGCAGAAUUCGUCCUGUCACAGACAGAUAUUUUGGCUGAAUAGAUAUUUGAUAAUGCAACUGUGUUGCACGACAAACCAAGAAUAUAUGUGUUUAAAAGCAUGUAAAAGUCCUCUUUUAAAAAGGGCUUGUAUGUAGUAAAUAUCCUAAGGUAGGACUAUGUUUUAUGGAUUUACAGCAUUCAACACAAGUGAAAGAGAUUUCUUUGAAUUUUAUUUUUUACAGUCUCCAGACAAUUCCCAUUGUUUGUAUACGUUUAUAUUAUUGCCUUAAGUAUUACCAAACUGUGCACAGUUUUUCAGUGUCUAUGAAAUGUGUUCCAGAUGAAGUUUUAUAUGUUUUAACCAGAGCUUUCUGACCGUUACUUUUAUAUCAAAUCAAAGUAUUACAAAUCUAGACCCUCACAUUACCACUGAAAACAGAGGUAUGAUACUGUAAGCAGAGUCUAAAUCACUGUGGUUUUAUGAAGAGAAAAACUUUGUAGAUAAUCAUCCGGUGUUUCAACGCCAAAGGCUUCUUUGUGUUUUUAUGUGUUCGUAGCGCUUCUGUGCAACGAGGCCGAUGCUGUCGGCCGAGUUCAUGCUUUGUUUUCUGAGCAAAACAGUUUACGAGAAGCAGGAUUAUGGUGUGUAUCAGUGGUGGGACGACUUCCAGCAGAGACCUGGAUCCUGAUUUGUGGCAAAGAAAACACAACUGAGGAAGGAAGCUGCUUUGCUUAGACAUAAUUUGAACAUAUCAUCAUGUAUCUGCUGGAGUUGUUGAUUAAAGUUUGCACUCUCAUGAAGGAA